UCCCAUUUUCCUACCACUUGAGGCUGCAGCAAGAGGCGACGAAGGAGGAGGAGGAGGAGGAGGAGGAGGAGGAGGGAGGGAGGGAGCGAGAGAGCAACAAAUCGCCUUCUUUUUGCUUCUCGAAUCCACCUCGUUGCCCUAAAAUUUUGCUUCCUCUGCGUUUAUUUUGCUUUCCGAGUAGAUCUGAUCGCCCCUGCCAACUGACAAUUGUCCUCCCUGCCUUCUCAAUUCGAUGCUUGAUGAGGCUCUCGGUCAAGAACCUCGUGUCCUUCUUCGCCGUGGUUUUCUCGGGGUUUCUCGCCUCCGGCGUGCUGACGCCGUCGGUGCUUGAUUCGCCGGUGGAGGGCGAACCAUGGCUGGCCGAUGCUGCAGCAGCUGUUUCUUGUUCUCCCUCCUCUUCUUAUCCGCAUCGGUUUUCUCUUUCAGCUGCGCCUGUUAUCCAGGUCUCUGAUGCAGAGAACGAGAGUGGACUCCGCUCGUUGUCCAACGAUCUAGUACCCUUCCGGAAGGCUCAAACAAGUCCCGGAAAGAGAUCGAUCUUGAGUUUGGAUGAAAAGAAACAUGAUAAAUUCAUCCUCGCGUUGCCAAAUGGUACUAUCUAUUUCAUGAAUAGAUCCAAGAAACCUCAGUGGAAGCUUUUGACUGAUCGGCCACUUUCAUAUUCAUGGCAUUCUCCUUCAAUUGUUGAUCCUGAAUAUAUUGUGUCAUCUGAUGGCGAUGGGGAACUCUACGAAUACCGCAAGGAUUCUGGGAAAAAGAAGCAUAGCUGGUCCAUUGAGGAAUAUGUCCGGCGAGCGCCUAUUGUUGAAGGAUCAAUCAUCACUACUGGAACAAAGACAUCAACUUUCUAUGUGGUUGAUACAGAAAGUGGGGAGUUAAUUUAUAAUGACACGGAGCAUUUAAAUUUGGCAAAUGUUGGAGUGUGUUCUGCUAGAGAGCAGUCCAUUGCAUCCAAAUUAGAAUCUGGCAAUGCUACUUACAUAACCGUUAUAAGAACAGAUUAUUUUCUCGAUAGUUAUGAGAUAAACAAUCAUUUGUGGAACGUUAUGAUUUCUCGUAUAAGUGCUUAUAAUGUUGGGACUAGAUUUCCACCCACUGUGGAUGAUGGGAUGGAACUACCUUCCGUGAUUGAAAGAAAUAUUCCUGUCUACAUUCAGGUUGAAGCUGAUCAAUCACCUGAGCCAAAGCCUAACUUACUUGCCUCAUCUAAACCAAUUUCUGGAAUGUGGUCUAGGCAGCAUGUUGUGCAAUCGUCUGAACGUGAAACAAUUGAUAAUUGUUCAUCAGGAAUUCUUACUGCUUCGAAUUUAGUCCCUUUCCAGUUAUCUGGAAAACCUGAUGUUUUGUAUACCUCUUUGGAUGGAACACAAGGCUUACCUCUUUGGCUUUUGAUAUUUUGUGCUCCUCUAUUGAUGUUUUUCUGUUUUUGGUUGAGAAAAUGGUUGAAUAAUAAAGAAUAUGAUGAUUCAAUACAAGAACAAUCUGUGCUUCGCAAGAGAAAAAAGCUUCAGAAAGCUGGAAAUUUAAAAAGUUAUACCAGCAGUGAUAUUGAUGAUCAAAAUAUUGUAUCAAAUAGAGAAAAUACUGAAACUGUUGGACAGAGUCAAAUUCAAGACAAUAGGAGUGACUUACUCAUACACCUCACAAAGCCUUAUGAUAGUAUUGAUGGGUAUUAUGUUGGAACUGGAAGCCUCUUUGUUACACAUACUAAAAUUGGCCAAGGGAGCAAUGAUACAAUUGUCUUUGAAGAAUUUUUUCACAGACAACCAAUUGUAGUUGCAGUGAAACGGUUUCUUCUUGUGCAUGAUGAUAAGGCUUUAACAAAGAUUCAGACUCUUUUUGCAUCUGAUCAGCAUCCAAAUAUUGUUCAGUGCUACGCAGUGGAAAGAGAUGAGUGUUUUGUCGAUAUCUCAUUGGAGCGCUGUCCUUGCAGCCUAAGUGAUCUAAUACAAUGGUGCUCAGAGUCUUCAUCGGAUUCUGUAUAUGGGGAAAAUCGAACUUCAAACACUCUCAUUGAGGGCAAAGUUCAAGACUUGAUGAAAAAUCUCAGAAAGGAAAUUUCUUUGUGGAGUGCCAAUGGGCUUCCUUCCUCUCAGCUCUUGAAACUUAUGAGAGAUGUAAUUUCUGGUCUUGCACAUCUUCAUGAACUUGGAAUCAUACAUCGGGAUCUAAAACCUCAAAAUGUCUUAAUAAGCAAUCUUCAUGGGUAUUUGAAAGCCAAACUGUCUUAUAUGGGCAAUGGCAAACGCCUGCUUGAAAACAUGACUUGUUUGAGUCGGAAUGCCACCGGGUCUGGUAGUUCAGGCGGGCAAGCUCCAGAGCAACUACUUCAUGGAUAUCAGACACGAGCUAUGGAUUUGUUCAAUUUGGGUUGUAUUCUGUUCUUUUGCAUCACCAAAGGCAAACUUCCAUUUGACAAUAACGUUCAAAGGGAUUUAUUUUUAAGCAAUAUGAAUAAUCGCAUGGACCUCCGUGUGGUUGAUCAUAUACCAGAGGCUGAACAUCUACUUAGUCAAUUGAUACAUCCUGAGCCGCAGAUGAGGCUAGAUGCAGUGAAAGUAUGGCACCAUCCACUUUUCUGGAGUCCUGAGACGCGACUUUCAUUCCUACGAGAUUUGAGUGAUAGAAUUGAAUCGAAGAAGAGAAACAAUGAAGCAGAUCUUCUUGAAGCACUAAAAAAUACUGCAUCAGCUGCAUUUGGUGGGCAAUGGAAAGAAAAAUUGGACGCUGCAUUAAUAACAGACAUGGUUCGUUAUCGAAAAUAUCAAUUUGAUUGCAUGCGAGAUCUUCUACGAGUAAUAAGAAACAAGUUGAUCCAUUAUAAGGAUCUACCCGAACCUCUCCAGGAAAUUCUCGGACCUGUUCCUGAAGGAUUUGAUUCGUACUUUGCAAGUCGAUUCCCCAAACUUCUUAUAGAAGUCUACAAGGUGGCUUUCCAGUACUGCAAGGAAGAGGACUUCUUCCAAGAAAUUUAUAGAAAUAGUAUUCCUUAGCUUUACGGAGUUACCUAUCUAUUAGUCCUUUGAGAAACCUGAUUAUCACUGUAGAAUAUUAGUGUAAAUGUUAAAAUAUGUUGUAAAACUAAUGUAAUUAGGCCCUGUAUUGUACUUGCGUUCCAAGAAAGACUAACCCUUGUAAAUUAUCUACACAAGUAUACGUACGUAUUCAUCAUAUUCCAAAGGCCAAUGAUACUUAAUAUGAUUUCAUGUU